AAGUCAGGUGAAUAUUACUUUUAUCAAUUUUGAUAAUACGUUAUUUCUAUUUUUCGAGUAUUUAUUUUGGAUCAUCAGAGUGAUUCGAACUGUUCAGUAGGAUUAGGAAAAAUGGAUUUUCAGUUAGUUGUAGCAUUUGUGGCUUUCGUAAUAGGAUUUACUCAAGUUUUAAGUCAAAACUCAACGAACCUUCUGUGCUACGACUGCGACCCAAGAACAAACAAUGCAUCAUGCCAAAAUCCAGUGUUGAACGCUGUGACGCAUACCAACUGCCAUGAUAAACUUAAGGAUCGUCACGUCAACUCCACUUUAUUAUGUGUUUCUGCGUUCAUCACUUUUACUGGUAGCCAGAGCAACGACACAGGCAUCUAUCGUGGGUGCUACGCCCAAGACCCAUCAGUAACAGAUAUUUGCGACUGGUUAAAAGAAGAAACGAACGAUAAUAACGGGCUGCUGACCGAUUGCAUUGCAUGUAAUACCACCCGAUGUAACGGAGAAAUGUUUACUAGCGUUACAACCGGUGGUACAUCUCGUACAAUAGGCAUACCUUUAACAGCUGUUUUUGCAAGCAUUUUAUUUCAUUUUUUGCCCCAAUUAUGUAAGAAUUAUUUUUAAAUAAUAUUUACAUAGAAAAGAAACGAAUAAAUUAAGUGUAUAAGAAAACUUGUAUAUUACUUACUAAAUAUUGUACAAUUAUAAUAUAAUAAUAAUAAUAGGGGGCAAAGACAUGUACAGAACAAAUAUAUGGUAAUAAUGUGUA